AUGGGUGCCGCGGGCCCCGCGUGCGCGGCGCACGAGCCGCUGUCGCGCGAGCCGCCGGUGCGCUCCGUGCUGCGGCACGUGCGGCUGGAGAACCUGGCGGCGGGAAUGAGCGGCGGCGUCCUGUCCACCCUGGCGCUGCACCCGCUGGACCUCGUCAAGAUCCGCUUCGCAGUAAGCGAUGGUUUGGAGCUGAGGCCAAAGUACAAUGGGAUUCUCCACUGUAUGAGCACUGUCUGGAAGCAUGAAGGACUACGAGGCUUGUAUCAAGGAGUAACUCCAAACAUGGUGGGAGCAGGGGCUUCCUGGGGACUUUACUUUUUCUUUUACAAUGCCAUCAAAGCUUACAAGAAGGAAGGGAAGAUGGAAAGUCUCAGCGCAAGCGAACACCUAGUGUCAGCUGCAGAGGCUGGAGCCAUGACUCUCUGCAUUACAAACCCAAUAUGGGUAACCAAGACUCGACUUGUGCUGCAAUAUAAUGCUGGCGUGGAUCCAUCCAAGCGGCAAUACAGGGGAAUGUUUGAUGCUCUUAUAAAGAUAUACAAGACAGAGGGCAUACGUGGCUUAUAUAAGGGAUUUGUGCCUGGUCUGUUCGGAACAUCACAUGGAGCACUUCAGUUCAUGGCCUAUGAGGAUUUGAAAGAGAGAUAUAACAAAUAUAGAAACAGAGUAUCAGAUACAAAAUUGAACACUGUGGAAUAUAUAAUGAUGGCAGCUGUAUCCAAAAUAUUUGCUGUGGCAGCAACAUAUCCCUAUCAAGUUGUGCGAGCUCGUCUUCAAGACCAGCAUAACACAUAUUCUGGGGUGUUCGAUGUGAUCCGCAGGACAUGGAGGAAAGAAGGUGUUCAUGGAUUUUACAAAGGAAUUAUACCUAAUGUGAUCAGAGUGACUCCUGCCUGCUGUAUUACCUUUGUAGUUUAUGAAAAUGUGUCUGGCUUUUUACUUGGUUUUAGAAAAGAAAAUAAUUAGAAGUAUGAACUUGUGUUCCUAGGAAGGAAUCUAUAUUUUUUAUAUUUAUGAUCUGAGAGAAGUUUAGUUCAACAGUCUUUCUUUGACACUGUGACUUGAUCCAGUAUUUUGAGGAAAGAAUGUGGAGACAAUAAACCCUGCCAACAUCUCUCCUGUUGGAUGUUCCUGCAUUGCUGCCUUCCUCUCUGAAUCAGCUGUGUCUGCUUGAAGCAGAUGUCUGCAACUGUGAAAUAAUAGUGCUGUCACUGGGUGAAGGCAGCUGCACAGCAAUUCCAUUCAUCCUGGCCUGCCUGGAAUAACCCACUAAACAGUUUCAACAAGUCUCAAGAUAACAACAGUUGGUGAGAUUCUGGUCCUGCACAAGUGGAAAAGUUCAUACAAAAACAACCCUGGGCCUGUCAAAACUUCCUUAAAUCUCUGAGUCUCAUUAAAACAAGAAAUGUCAUUGCAUCCACCUCUGUGUUAUUCGUCAGAUUUUAGGAUACGGAAUGCUCCAGACUCCACUGCUCAUCCAACACAAAAAUGCUGCCUCAGUGGGGUGCAGUUCGGAAACUGAAAUUGUUUUUUUAAAACAGCUGUCCAUUCUUGGGUUUAAAUAAUUGCAAGUCUGAUGAAAUUCAGUUCUUGUCUCAUACCAGGACAGACUUGCACUGUGGUUUUUGACUUGGUUUUAGCAGCAGACCUAUGUGCUAAAACUGCAUGUAUUGCUGGCUACUUAAUUCAUUUUCUCUCUUUCAUUCUCUCUCCAUCUCUCUCUGUGCCAGUCUAUCUCCAUUAAUGAUAUAUCUGACCAAAUAUUACUAAGUAAAUGCAUAUUUGAAAGUGGGCUUACAUUUUAUAAAUGAGGAUUUUUUUCCUUGUAAUCUCAUAGUGAUGCAGUGUUCAAAGCGGUGUAAUAACAGAUAAGACCACGCUUGCUUUCAGUAAUACUCGCUGGAAAAAAGGGUUUCUAGUCUAGAAAAAUCCUGUGCAUGGGACUAUUUUCAAGAAAACCAGAACAAUCUAUUAAUGUCUUCUGAUUUGGUUUAAGGAAAAGAUUGUUAAUAUAUUGAUUGCUAACUUACUGAUAAAUUAAAUUAUAGUACAUCUCAGUAAAUUUGUAUAAUAAUUAUGUUUUUUUUCCACACCAAUAAUUGUCGUCAAGGGUAUGUACUUUUUAGAGUUCUGGGUUUGGUGGUUUGGGGUAAGAUAUUAAGUAUCUAGUAAGUAUCAUUUAACUAGGAAAUAAGUUAGCAAAGGCUAUCCAGCAGUUAGGGGGAAAUCAUCAGUUACAUAGGGAGCAGAACCAUCACUUAGAGAAGUUUCCUGUUUACCAGUCUAACCUAAAGGGGAAGGAACAUUUUUUAAUAAAAAUUUAACAGAUUAGGGACUUGGUUUAAAUUUUAAGUAAAAAUCCGUGAAGCUACAGAAACUACUCAGUAUUUUGAAUCUUUGUUCAGCAAUGCAUUUGCUUGUUUUUUUAGCUACUAUUGCCACAUACCACAUUUUGUGUAUUACUAACUUCAUUAAUAAUUUACACUUUCUCUUCCACAAUCCCAUCCCCCUCUACUGAUAUGAUUGAUAAUCUCAUCAGAAGGAAUAAUCUCAUCUGGGCCAGUAUGGCUGCUUUGGUUUUUAUUACACAAGCUUCCAUGUGUAUUUAGCUGAAGAUAAACUUACUGGAAGUUUACCAUGUAAAUUAUGUAGAUCCAUAACAGCAGCUUCUCCCUUUGGAGGGUGCUUACCAGGGUUUGUGUGUUUCAUGGUACACAGAAUGAAUUUAAUGAAACACUGAAUUAACCCUACCACCCAGGGUCCAAAAUGUAUUGUGAAGACUAUGAAAACAUGAGAAGAGAAAAAGCUCUGCAUGUACUGCCCUGGCUCAGUGUGCUGUGGGCCCAGGACUGCUUCCUCGUGCUUCAGGAUAAAUGCAAAGACGGGCAGCGAGCGCACGCACAAUCCCUCACUGUAAGUUAACUGAGCUUCUGUAAGCUCACACCACAGCUCAGCUCAUAGUAACCUGUUUGUGUUCAGAUCCCUUAAAACCAUAGUCCAAGCCAGUGAAAACAUUACAGUUCUUCAGAGACAGAAUACCAGCUGUGUAACUUGCUGGCUUGCAGUAAAUCUCAUGCACCAUCUUGCAGCUGGGCAAGCCCAAGUGCUCCCCUCAGUGCAGAUAUCCUCCCCUGGUACCUGCAACUACAGCUACAGGCAAGAGCUACCCAUCUGAGAGAUGCCUGGGGGAAAUCUUACAGCCUGUUCAGAAAAGAUGAGGUUUAAUCUUAAAUAGCUGAAACAAAUUCAUUAUCUCAGAUUUAAUGGGGUUUUUUUCCUUCUAAUUUCUAGGAAGAGUGGAGAUUUUUGCAUGUUGUACAUGCUUUUCAUGGGGUUUUUUUUUUCA